GUGGGAUUGGAAGAUUGCUUUCAAACUUGGGUGUGUCUUUGCCGGCUGUUAUUUACUCCUCUUUCUCCUCCUCCUUUUCUUCUAUGUAGUCAGAGUCUUCCUUUGGGGCCUUCUCUUAUCAUUUUCUUCAUCUUUACUUCUUGUUUUGCCCUCUAGGUAUCCAGCAUGGACUAUGACCAAAGCACCAGUGGCCAGCCUGAACAGCAACAAUCGCCUUCCACAAACAACCCUGAAGACCUGCCUUCUCAGAAUGGCUUCGGGAAAGCAAGUGAGACACCGCUUUCUCAGUCCCCUGAGAACACAGCCCAGGCUCAGCCUGAAAUAAAACUAUGUGAUCUAUCUGAGGAGCUGAGCCAACAGCUGGAGGAAAUUAUUAAAACCUACGGGUCAGCUGCCUGUCUGGUGGAGGAAGGGAAUACGAAAGCAACAGACGGAGCUGAGAAAGGAGAAUCGUUCAGUCCCGAAGAUGGGGACUAUGAGGAUGGCCAUGAUGAGGCUGAGAAAGAACAGGUCCCUUUGGGGGAUGCCUCUGGAUUAAAGGAGGCCAGUAUUCCGAAAGAACAAAAACUGGAAAAGAAAAUCCUGAAAGGAUUAGGAAAAGAGGCUACUCUACUGAUACAACAUCUGACCAAGCUGAAUACAUCAGAAGAGAAGUUGGAGCUCUUAUUUAAGAAGUAUGCUGAACUGCUGGAAGAACAUCGUUCUGAACUAAAAAAGAUGAAGUAUCUGCAGAAAAAACAGGCCCAGCUCAUGAAAGAGAAAGACCAAUUACAGAGUGAACACAGCAGAGCCAUCCUAGCCCGGAGCAAAUUGGAGAGUCUUUGUAGGGAACUCCAAAGACACAACAAAACCCUGAAGGAGGAGACUCUUCAGCGAGCAAGAGAAGAAGAAGAAAAGAGAAAAGAGAUCACAAAUAAUUUCCAGAGCACACUGAAUGAUAUCCAGGCACAGAUUGAGCAGCAAAGUGAGAGGAACAUGAAGUUGUGCCAGGAAAAUUCUGAGCUGGCUGAGAAACUGAAAAGCAUCAUUGAUCAGUAUGAAGUCAGAGAGGAGCAUCUUGAUAAAAUAUUUAAGCACAGGGAACUUCAGCAGAAACUGGUAGAUGCCAAGUUGGAACAGUCACAAGAGGUCAUGAAGGAAGCUGAAGACAGACAUCAGCGAGAAAAGGAAUAUCUACUCAACCAAGCUGCAGAAUGGAAACUACAGACAAAAAUGCUGAAGGAACAAGAGACUGUUCUCCGAGCUCAGCUGACUCUCUAUUCUGAACGUUUUGAAGAAUUUCAGAAAACGCUAACAAAAAGCAAUGAAGUGUUUGCCAACUUCAAACAAGAAAUGGACAAGAUGACAAAGAAAAUGAAAAAACUGGAAAAGGAUACAGCCACGUGGAAAUCAAGGUUUGAGAACUGUAACAAAGCUUUACUGGACAUGAUAGAAGAGAAAGCAAUGAGGGCCAAGGAAUAUGAAUGCUUUGUAGUGAAAAUUCAAAGACUAGAAAAUCUUUGCAGAGCUCUGCAGGAGGAACGGAAUGUAUUGUAUAAAAAAAUAAAAGAAGCACAAUUCCCUGAAGAGAACAAGGAAGAGGAAGCAGAAGAUGAUGAGGAGGAGGAAGAACAACAAGCUGGAGUGGAGGAUAGUCUGGAGAAUAAGACAACAGUUACAAGUCAGGCUAUUGAUGAGCCAUCUGCCACCAGUGAAAUUAUCCCAAAAGAUUUGGCUACAGCUUUCAUGGUGACUCAUGUGAAUAUGCCUGUGAUCCCAACCAAUGAAGAAAAAGUGGAAGAACUACAUGAUCGCGAAGUAUGUGACCCAAUUUGUCCUCCUGAGAUAUUGGCUUCUUGCAAGCCACAAGGCAAUCAGGACUGCUGUAUUGAUCCAACAUCCAUGCCCAAAGCACAGGAACCAGAGGGGGACACAGUAGAACUUGGUCCAGAUCAUCCAGUGUUGAAGCUCUCAAAUACUGACAUGGAAGAAGUUGAUUAGCACCA